AUAUUUUAUAGACAAUGCAAAUAAAUUAAUCAACCAAUAAUACACGACAAACCUUGCCGACCAAUUGGACCUCCGAAGAGAAAAUCCAGUAAAAGACUUUGUUUCAAACAGUCAAAAUUCAAAACAAAACGCUUCAAUUUAGUCCAGCUUGAUUUUCUAUAAUUCUAUUGCUUCCGUUCCUACCCAGCUUGAAUCCUCUUCUUUCCAAUUCCUUACUAAUCCCUACAUAUCGCAUAAAAUCCUAACCUUUCUCACCAAUAGUUCUACCAAACAUUCAAUUUUCCUCACCGAUUUAUUCCCUCUCUGUAUCUCUAUAUCUCUGUGUCUCAAUAAUGGCUUCCACCAACCCUGCAAAACUCAUCAUCCCCUAAUGGCCUGCUUUCACUGUAAACGACCCUCGACCCGCAAAAGACACCGCCUUUUCUCCCGAGAAGAGCUCAACUCUGCAACCUCGGGCUUCUCCGCCUCCACUCUCCUGGGCCGCGGCAGCCACGGCUCCGUCUUCCUCGCCAAAUUAGACAACGGCCGCCUCCUCGCCGCCGCCAAGCUCCCCGCCCCUCCUCCGCUCCAAGACCCCAGCACCUCCCCUUCCUCCUACACCGCCAACGAGAUCGCCGUCCUCUCCUCCCUCCCCGCCUCACCCCUCCUCGUCAACCUCCUAGGCCGCGCCGCCACAGCUGACCCCAUCGCCAUCGUCGAGUUCAUGCCAAACGGCUCCCUCGACGAUCUCAUCCACCGUCCAAUUCACCACCCACCUUUCCCUUUCCCUCUCCGCCUCCGCCUCGCCCUCCGCGCCGCCACUGCCGUCGCUUCUCUCCACGCCCUCCACCCUCCUGUACUCCACCGCGACAUUAAGCCAUCUAACAUUCUCCUCGACGCCAAUGGUCGCGCCCGGCUCGCGGAUUUCGGGUUAGCUGUCCGCGGACUGCCUUCGACCGCUGCGCCGGCGGGGACCAUCGGGUAUCUGGACCCGGUUUAUUUAUCGCCGGGGGAUCUUAGUGUUAAGACAGAUGUGUACAGCUUUGGGGUUGUUCAGCUUGAGUUGUUAUCGGGGCGGCGAGCGAUUGAUGUUGAGUAUAGCCCUGCUUCGGUGGUGAAGUGGGCGGUGGGGCUUAUAGAAGCGGAGAGGUUCCGGGAGUUGUGGGACCCGCGAGGUGGGGUUCCGCAAAGCGUGGAAGAGGAGGCUGCGGCGCGUGACGUGGCUCGAUUGGCGGCGAGAAGCGUGGGGUCGGCGCCGGAGAGGAGGCCGACGAUGGAGGAGGUGGUGGCGUGCCUGCGUUCGGCGGGGCGGAAGGCCGGGUUUUGGGGAGAGGAGAAGUGUUGGUGGAAGCCGGCGAGGCGGGGAAAGGUGGCGGACGCGGCGGCGGAGCGGCGGCUAUAGAUAAAUUAAUCGGGACAGCCGACAGGGAGGGCGGUGGUAAAUAAUUGCGUAUUGGUUGUAUAUAAAAAUGGAAAUAUUUUUAUUUUCUCGCUCGAUAAAGGGUGAGAAAAAGCGGCGGAUUUUACUCGUUGACCGGAAGGUGUGUGAAUAAGAGAAAAAACGUAACGACAGCGUAUGGAGCUGUGCGGUCAUUUUGUGGGGUCUAUAUUGAGGGUGUGAUAUCUAGGCGGUAUAAAUGGUGGGUCCCAUAUAUGGAAGAAAGGCGGCAUGAUGGAAGCUUGAUUGUCUGGCUGAUUGGGAAAUGUCGAAAUGGGAAGGAUAUCCGUUUUAAUGUAUUAAUUCAAAUUGUAGCUCAAGAA